CUAUAGUACCAACCGCGUUUUCUCUCUCUCGGCCCUUCUCUUCCUCUUAUUCGAUUCUUGUGUUGUCGCUCCUUUGAUAGUGCUUGCGUUCACUUUUCUUCCAUUCUAAUUUAUAUACUUCUUCUGGCUUGCUGGUUCCGGCUUCCUGCAGUCUGUUGUUACGUUCAAUUUGCUCUAGUUGAGUGGUUGUAUUUGAAUUGAUUAGAGCUGGCUUUCACUUGAUAUUUUAUGAUAUUCUUUCUUGGUUAUUAGCUUGUUGGUUGGUUAAUUUGCCAAUUUCGCCAUUAUGAAGUUUACAAACACCGCCGCUGCAAUGGCAGCGUACGCUUUUUGUUGCCAGGACUUGGCCUCGGCUAGUCCCGUGAAGAAGCGCGGGGUGCUAGAUGAGAUAUUCCAGAUUACGACACUCGGUGGGAUGACGUUCAAGAUCCAACAAGUUCCGAAUAAGAAGUUUUACGGCCAACGGAAAGGGAGAGGAUCAAUGGCUAUUGCGAGAGCAUAUUCGAAAUACGGGGCUGCCAUCCCCGAUGACUUGCUCUCCACCAUACAGCAAAUUCUGGAGGAACUUGGUCUGUUGGGAAAUAAUGGAGCGGGGAAUAGUACGGCCAAUGAUCCUCAAGGCGAGGUGGCAGCAACACCCCAGAUGUUCGAUUCCGAAUACUUAUGCCCGGUAGAAAUUGGUACUCCGCCACAAACCUUGAACUUAGACUUUGAUACGGGUUCGUCCGAUUUGUGGGUGUUUAGCUCUGAGACGCCGGCAAAUCAAGUAAUGGGCCAAGAUGCCUGGGACAUUGACCAGAGCUCAACCGCUCAAUUGCUGACGGGGGAAUCAUGGUCUAUUAGUUAUGGUGACGGGAGUAGCUCCAGUGGUAAUGUAUACUCGGAUGUUGUGUCAGUUGGUGGAGUGACGGUUAAAAGCCAAGCGGUCGAAUCUGCCCGCAACGUCUCUCUGUCGUUUACGCAACGACCUGAUACAGAUGGGCUUCUUGGGUUGGCAUUUGGGUCGAUAAAUACGGUCACGCCUAACCAGCAGAAGACAUUCUUCGAGAAUGCAGCGUUAGACCUCGCAUCUCCUUUAUUCACGGCUAAUCUUAAGAAAGCCGAACCGGGCAACUACAACUUCGGCUUCGUGGACUCGACUGAGUAUACCGGUCAGAUCUCGUUUGUGCCCGUCAAUUCGUCAUCCGGAUUUUGGCAGUUUACUGCGGGCGGCUACUCGAUCGCCAACUCAGCCGCCGUCUCCGCACCCCACGAAGCUAUUGCCGAUACAGGCACCACGCUUCUUCUCCUACCCCAGGCAAUCACAGACGCGUACUAUGCGCAAGUACAAGGUGCCGUCAAUGAUGUGAAUGGUGCAGGGGGUUACACAUUCCCGUGCACAACAACACUACCCGACUACACGGCCAUAAUCGGAACCCACCAGGCCGUGAUUCCCGGGGAUUUUAUCAACUUUUCACCUGUGGAUGGUGAUACGUUUGAGACCGCAACGAUAUGCUUCGGCGGUAUACAGGCUACGCCGGCGAAUUUCCCGUUUGCGAUUUACGGGGACAUAUUUCUGAAGGCGCAGUUUGUGGUGUUCCAUGGCGGAAACGUCGAGUUGGGAUUCGCGAACAAACCACUAUGAACUAGUUAGGUCCUUCCCUACCUGCAUAUGUAUAUGUAUGUAAGAAGUCGGAGAUAUUUGUUGUGUGUUAAGUGUACCUACCUACCUAUGCAUUAUAUUUCGCUAUUACCUACGUGAUACGAAGAGAGAUAGAAAAAGGGGGGGGGGCAGUGAGAUCGGAAGAGACUAGGCAAACCUCGGACUUACGAUACCAUCGUCGGCUCGCUCGGCCGGCCGUAUGUUCUCGGGCUUAUAAUAUUGCAUUGCAUUGUCGGACUAACACUGUAAUGCAGCUUUCUUUAGAAUCCGCAUCCCUUAGACAGGAUGUUACCAUUAUCUGAUUGGUCGGAUGAAAAAAUCCUACUCGUUCCUUUUCCU